CCUUGCCAUGACGUCAGGAGUCAAACCUGCUCCUCCUGGUUCGGAAAGUGAAGUGGUGUUUGGCGUGCUACUGCUGUCGGAGUUUUUCCUCUCUCUGUUGCCCUCCGUUCAGUGUUAUUGUCGUUUGUUUUGUUAUUUUACUUCACUCGCGAGCUUUUACCUUACUAAUUUAGAAACUCAGUCCUGUAGCCGACGUAUGGGUUGUUUUACAAAAGUUCCCGAAGUGCUCUUUGAGGAACCGGUGGACAGCGGACGCCACCGGAGAUGGAUAAGCUAACCGAUAGCUGAGUCGUUAGCCGAGAGUCACAGGUCAAGAAUAGGAUCAAGCUAGCAUGCUAACGGCUGGCUAACGUAGCUUUUAAUAAGCUAACCAAGUGACUUUGUUAACCUGUAAAGACUGAAGUUGUGCCGGUAAUUUGUCGGGCCUGGCGGCUACACAGUGAACACUUUGUCACAGGCCAGCUAACCCAGGAAGAAGACUCGGGCUGUGUUACAAGGAAAAGCCAGAAGAAGUAUUGUUGUUCGUCUCUCAGCACAAACCAAGAGCAUGUUGUCCAACGCACAGAACCAGCCACUGUUUCCCAACCCGGCGGGGCAGCAGAACCCCACGGGCCAGUUCCUCCCCUUCCACCCAAGACCCAAUUUACAGAUCAAGAAAAACGCCAUAACAGACGAAUACAAGGUGACCAGCCAGGUGCUGGGGCUGGGCAUCAAUGGCAAAGUGCUUGAAAUCUUCAAGAAGAAGACUGGAGACAAGUAUGCGCUGAAGAUGCUGCAGGAUUGUGCCAAGGCCCGUAGGGAGGUGGAGCUCCACUGGAGGGCGUCACCUUGUUCCAACAUUGUGGGCAUCGUUGAUGUCUAUGAGAACCUCUACCAGAACAGGAAGUGUCUUCUUAUUGUCAUGGAAUGCAUGGAUGGUGGUGAGCUUUUUAGUCGAAUCCAGGACAGGGGAGACCAAGCCUUUACAGAGAGAGAGGCAUCUGACAUCAUGAAGAGCAUAGGAGAGGCCAUCCAGUUCCUGCAUGCAAUCAACAUUGCGCACAGAGACGUCAAGCCAGAGAAUUUACUGUAUACCACGAAGAGGCCCACUGCCAUGCUCAAACUCACAGACUUUGGCUUUGCCAAGGAGACCACUUCCCACAACUCUUUAGCUACUCCCUGCUACACACCCUACUAUGUUGCUCCAGAGGUUCUGGGCCCAGAGAAAUAUGACAAGUCAUGUGACAUGUGGUCAUUGGGUGUCAUUAUGUAUAUCCUGUUGUGCGGGUACCCUCCUUUUUAUUCUAACCAUGGUCUAGCCAUCUCUCCUGGGAUGAAAAAGAGGAUCAGGAUGGGCCAGUAUGAGUUUCCCAACCCUGAAUGGUCUGAUGUAUCAGAGGAAGCUAAACAACUGAUUAGGACCCUCCUUAAGACUGAGCCGACGCAAAGGAUGACCAUCACAGAGUUCAUGAAUCACCCCUGGAUCAAUCAAUCGAUGGAGGUUCCCCAGACCCCGCUUCACACCAGCCGGGUGCUAAAGGAAGAGAAGGACGCGUGGGAGGAUGUCAAGGAGGAAAUGACCAGUGCCUUGGCAACAAUGAGGGUUGACUACGAGCAAAUCAAGAUCAAGACCAUUGAGGACUCGUCCAAUCCACUGCUGAUUAAACGGAGGAAGAAGGCCAAUAACGCCAUGGCGGACGCACAGUCUGCUGCCCACUGAAAGAUGAGAGUAUGCAUGCAUAUACAAACACAGGUUGUAAAAAGGAAGCAAUAAUUUGUCGACACGUGAGUCGCAUUGCAUGGAU